GUGGAAGUGGACGAUAUCAGCGGUCUUCAGGCAGCCCAGAGUGAGAGUGCUCGGGUACAGUUGCCUUUUUUUUUGUAACGCCACAGCGUUCACAACAUACCAGGCACACGGUACAAACCUGUCUCUUGAGUGAACGUGCGAAUCUAUACGUCUCGUAAAGUAGAUGUCAACUUCAAAAACCUAGCUCGUUGGCGGAAUAGCUCGCGAUAAGGAACUGUUACGCUUUGUCAGACCAUCAGCUAGUGUUACUUGUAAUGGUCUGUCACUGACAUCAUUCCGUGCGAUGACGACAUGCUGUCCCUGCAUAACUUCUCAUCUGCCGGACAUUUAGUUGCGACGUUUUUUCUUUUACUAUGGAAAGCGAACGCAGCAAUUGCAGGCCCCGGGUUGGAGACAAUAGCAAGCUAAGCCAGCUAGCAAGCUGUCGUAGCUGCUAAAAGCUUCACGCGUGUGUGUGUGUGUGUGUGUGUGGAGAAGCACUGGAAACGUCGAGGUAUGUCGUCGAGCUAACCCAAUUGUGUCUCCGGACAGUUUGUUGUGCACUUAUUGAGCACGUGGUCGCGGUACGGGAAGUGAUAAGGAAGUACCCACCCCAAGAGAAAGCAAAACAAACUUUUGGUUUCUUGUUGUUAUUUUAACUACCCGUUAGCUAGCCGGCUAGGAGCUAACUUCGUGCUAGCUCGCCAUUGAUCCGGAGGAAAAGAAAAGUUUGCAAAGAUCACAUUGGUAAAUCAAGUGGGAUCAUUUGCUUGUGGUGUGGGCCCAGUCACAAGAGGUAAACAUUCCCGUUUUUCAUCUCGUGUCUGUGUUAAUGUGACCUCGUUUCAUGGCAGGAGUUACAAUGAAAACAAACAAGCCCAGUGAUGUUGGGUAAGGUGCCUGUGCCAUGGAUCAGGAGGGUGUGACAGACCAAAUCACUGCAGCCUGUAGCCAGUUGUUGUUCCACAACCAGGACUUGGCCUUGACUGACCGAGCACCCUCGCUGCCUAGCUCUGACACCAUGUCCUCACAAUCCAAAUGGAUGAGCAACAGAACUGAAGACACUGACCUGGCUGUGAGUGCUGAUGGGCUGAGUAAUGGCACCGGUGAAGUUGCACUACUAUGUCCUGGAGAUAGUGGGGAGGUCACUGCCGAGGGCGACAGCCUUCCUCUGAGCACAGAUGGCAUCCCAGAGUUUUCUAACAGUGACUUAUCAUUGCCCGAAGUUUGCAUCUCCACCAACAGCAAUAGCUUUGAGGAGGACAUGAACUAUGAGGUCCAGCAAGCAUAUAGGAUAUUCACUGGCUUUCUCCUGGACAAGCACAAAGGAAUCACCAGCCCGUUCCUCCAGCCUGUUGGACACCAGGAGGCCCACCAUGGCGUUGGAGGGGUUAAGGGCAGGGGUCAGUCUCAGGUCAGGCAGUCAAUGUGUUUGCGGAGUAUGGAGGCGAAGUUUAUCAGCCAGGAAUAUGAAACCAUAACAGAGUUUGUAGCGGACUUCAGGCUAAUGUUGGAGAACUGCUACCGAUACCACGGGGUGGACCACUGGAUUUCCAAACAGGCUCAAAAGCUGGAAAUUAUGCUGGAGCAGAAGCUUACAUUGCUGUCCAGGACACUGCGAGAGAAGACAGCCUUAGCUGUGACUUCUAAAGGACGUUUCGGUGCAGAGGAAGAACGGGCCUCGGUGGGCACUUCCACACGGAGGAGGUUGGCUCCUCGUAGCCUCGCUACCAUCACUGUUGGUGGGCAUGAGUCUAUCAUGGUACAGACCCUACGACUGGAAGAGCAACAAAGGGCCAAGGAGGAGAAGAGGCAACGUGAUAUUGAGAAGAAGGAAGCAGAAGAAAUGUCAGCCAAGGAGGUGGAAGAGUGGGAGCAGAACUUGCUGUCGCAGGCUUCUCCCCAGACUGUCGACACCCUUUGGGAGCUCCCAGCCAUAGGACACUUUCUCUGCCUGGCUCAGACUGCCCUUAACCUUCCCGAGAUUGUAUUUUUUGAGCUGGAGCGUUGUCUGCUGAUGCCCCGCUGCAGCCUGCUCCUCUCCAAAAUCAUGUCUUCCCUACUGUCACCUCCACAGCGGAGGGCGACUCUACACCGCCGGCCAGCCCUGCCUUACUGCCGCUGGGAGUCAGAAUUAAGGCAGCGAGUAAUGGGCUGGUACCGGUCUGUCGGUGCCUCCCAUAAUCAGCCACGUCGAGCUGAACAACUUGGACUUUGCCACCAGUUUUUCAGCAUCCUGGGGGAGGUGAGUCCUUUAGAGGAGAGACCUUUUCACUUGUUGCCCUUCUACCAGCGAGUGUGGCUUCUGAAGGGUCUGUGUGAUCAUGUGUAUGAGACACAGAAGGAUGUACAGGACGCUGUGCUGGCUCAGCCCAUCCAUGAAUGUCGGGAAUCUAUUUUGGGUUAUGACAGUAAAGAGAACGCAUAUAUACAUUUCCCACAUUUCUGUGGGGCAGACUUGAGGAUAUAUUGCCAGAGCCCCAGCACACCCCCUGCGUUCCCUUUCCCUUCUGUGUUGGUUAAAAGGGUUGAAAAUGAGCCAGGGACAGAGGGUGAAGAGUCGGAUGGAAUAAAGGAUGAGGGGGAUCAAAAUGACAGUGGAUGUUAUGGACUUCAAAUGGAUGCAGGAGAGUCUGUUGAUUUUGGAAAAGGGAGAACAGAAACACCUGGGGUCUUCAACAAGCAAAAUGGAAAGGAGGAUGAAGAUAAAAAAACAUUUAAAACAUGGUCACUAAUGAAGAAAGAGAUGUCUGAAUCGGGGUCCUCUGAUGAAGAUUCUAAAUUGGACCUGAAAAUGCACACUAACCCCUUAUCCCUCACACACUGUAGUCCGAAUAAGGGAGGUGGUGUGAAAAUAAAGGAAGAGACUUUACAUGUGGAGCACCAAUCCAAGUGGCCCACGAUAAAGCAGGAGCAAGAGCAGGAGCAGGGACUGUCAUUGGGUUCAAUGCGCACCAUUAAAGCAGAGACACAAGAUCCCUGUCUGAAUGUAGGGGAGCACAGCUACACAGGCAGAUCCCCUGCUCGCUCAGCGAAUUUGGCCUCCCCAACCAAGCCUCUGAUGCUCAAAAUGGAGGGAGAACCUCCCCGUCAGGAAAACCAAAUAUCUUCCUGUCUGGAAUGUUGUAAAAGCAAAGCUAGUCACCUUAGAUCAGAGGAAUACAAAUGCUGCUGUGGUGCUUCGGCAACUCAGUUAUCCUCUGAGAGCACUCAAAACUCGAGUGAAGAAAGAGUGAAUGACAAAAUCUGGACUAAAAAAAAGAAGCGGAAGAAAAAUCGAGGGAAGGGACAGCUGCUGAGCAUGAAACGAGGACACAAGCAGCUGCAGCAUGUGGACAGGAUGAGGCUGUCCCCAGCAGAGGCUGCUAAUUCUCCAACUCAGACAGCUGCCACAGUUAUCAAGAGAAAAGACAAGAAGAAAAAACAUAAAGCAGGAAAAAAGCCUGAAUCGUCAAAGAAUGUCGACGAUGAACUCCCAUUUGAGCCUUCGUUUAAGUUGGUUUGCACCAGUCUUGAGGAAUUGCGAGAACUGAUAAGCAAGACAGAAGAUGAACUUGAUGAUCUGGAGAGUGCAAAAAAGCGAUUGGGUCGAUGGUAUUAUAGGAGAGAAGCAGUGAAGGACCUCCAUAGCACUCUAAUUAGACUACUGAAUGAACUCUCACCCUGGGAACCCAAGCUUGUUAAGGCCUAUCAAAGAAACAGGCUUCGCUUGAAGAAAGAAUUUGAUGACUUCAAGAAACACCCUGAGUACAAUAACUUUGUACGUGAGGAGUGCGUUUCAUCGUCGUCAUCAGAUGAUGAAGAGAGGGAUUACGAGAAGGAAAUGUGUUCAUUCUCUGAUCAUUAUGGAAGAUCAGAAGAGGAAGACCUAGAACAUAAGGUUCCUAGAGGCCUUUGGAGGGGAGCAAGCACCAGGGAGUUUGUGGCUGAGUCUGCUGGAGAAAAAAACGUGACCUGCAGACCUCUGAACCACCUUAAACAUCCUCUGACUAGCCCAGAGAAAGGCAUCACUCUUCUGCCAGGACUUCAGACUGUAAACGUUGACGAGUCUCUGCCACAGUCUAUAUCUGAACAAACACCAACAAAUCAAUCCAGGGAUCCAACAGGGAUAGCAAGGUUACCAACCAAUAUUUCAGUGUCACCCAAAUCCCCCAUCCUCAACCCCACCAGUGGACUACCUAAGGGCUACACGCCCAUUCCCACCCUGCUGGCUAAGAGUGUGGGGAACAAAGUGACCUUAAUGAAACGACCUGCUGAUUUCAGAAGUGUUAACAAUGUAGAUGGACAUAGCAAAGGGUCUUUCGUCUCCCUGCCCACUGCAGUGGCUAAAACAAAACUUUCAAAAGCACAAAGUUCUUCAUCCCAACUUAACUGUCCACAAGGACCACAGCAAACACAUGCACUUGUACGCCCAGCAAUGGCCACUGUUACGGCAGCUCUUCCUAAAUCACAGCAGGCCAUGCCAACCCAGACUGUACCAAAAAAUCCUGUCCAGGUUGUGUACAAAGUACCUGAGGGACUGGGAGUUAUAAGGAAAGAUAGCAGCAGCAGCAGCAGCAGCAGCAGCCCAGUCAAGGUCUCUGUUCAUCCUGUCGUGGACCAGAACACUGGGGAAAAGAUCAUGCAGCAAGUGGUAAUCCUACCCUCUAACCUUCUCAUUAACAAAAGUGAAGCAAAGGCAUCCUCUUUACAUCAACACGAGGCUAAAGGCUUUCAGGUUGCUGUUCCAAAAGUGGCUGGCUCUCUAUGUAUGUCCACCGAUGUGCCUGGGUUCAGCAUUCCUGAAAACAGAAUUCCUGUUCAACAUGUGGCUCCUCUAAAAGAUGCCAGGACAGAGAGGACUCCUUCCCCAUCUGUUUCCCCUUGUUUGCCACAAGUGUCUGUCAACACAGCGGGAUUUAAGGGUGCACAAGUAUGCAGUGUCCAAACUAGCACAUCGCAAGCAGUCACAUCAAACCCUUCAACUGUCACAACUCUUUCCAGUGCAAUUUCUACUGAGUCUGUUAAAUCUACAGAUCCUAAGCAGGAGCUUAAGACGGUGUGUAUCCGUGACUCACAGUCCAUCCUGGUAACAACUAGAGGAGGCAACACAGGCAUCGUCAAAGUCCAGACAUCCUCGGAUCAGAGCGCACUAGGGUGUUUUCCCACCAGUCCAGUCAUCACUAUCUCACCUCAGUUUAAAGCCUUCCUUGUAUCCAAGACAUCAGCAACUCUGUCUCCUGCUACUCCCUCUCAGACUUCUCCUUCCCCUGUUGCAGCAGUGACUAGCAUCGCAGUGGCCCAACCUCAGAAGCAAGUUCCUUCAGCAUUAAAGCCCCCUUCGAUUGUUACAAAUCCCAUGUUCACAUCGGUCACUGGUAGCAUUCCCAUAACAGGCUCCAGAAGCCAGACUGCAGACACUACAGUUGCUUUAAGUCAAGGCUCCAGUACCUCAGCUGGUUCUACAGCUAAAACAAUGACUUCCCAACUAGUGAAGACAACUACUGCUGGAUCUCUAGUGCAAGCUUCAGUUUUAGAAAACACAGUUGUUGUCCCAUCAGUGAGUAGUUCUGGAGUUCCUCAAGUUGUCACACAAGAUUUCAUCAACAAGACUGGUGUGAAACGAGCAAGUACUGAUGAGAGAUCCCCAGUUGCUAAAUUCAUCCUCGUUACUCCAUCUUCUUCUUUGGCCUCCACUGUAGCUUUGCCCAAAGGUGCGCCCUCAUCCACAAAUUCAGUUCCUAGUUCAAGAGUGGUGUUCAUCAGCCAGCCAAGUGUGACAUCCUCUACCACCUUCAUGGGAAAUAUUCCAAAGCAGACGAUGUCAACUAGUGCAAGUGGACAGGUGCUGACCAAGUCAAUACCAAGUCAGACUCUGAAAAUGGGAUUAAGGACAAAGAACAUCACUCUUCCUUCAGGGCUUCGAAUCCAGUUGUCAGGGAAGACAACAACUAUCGGACAGAGUAUUGGUGCCCUGUCACAUUCUCCUCCUGAGGGCACACCAAUGUCUGUCUCAGGAUGUCGAGACAGCACCGCUGGAAUGCUCCCAGUAACAAGCUCAAUUGCCAUCACAAGUUCUCCUCAGCUUGCCCCUCACAGUUCUCUGACCACCAGCUCCCAGCUCCUGGGUAUCUCUUCCUUCUCCCAGGCAAGUUGUUCUACAUCCACAUCCACAUUUUCCACUCUGCCUGCAGGAAACAUAAUCAAGCGGGGCCUAAGUAUGCCACCAAGUAUACUGUCCAACAGCUCUCACGCUCAGGUAACCACUACCAUGGAGAGCAAUCCAGACCAAACCAAAUCCACUCGUGGAUGCCAGUCCUCGUCUGUCCAAAGUGGCAUUGGUGAGGCAACCACUUCCUUCUUAUCUUCCUCUCAACUUGCUUGCAAUACAACAAAAAGUCCCCUCUCUGUACCAGCCACCUGUACUCCAUUUACCACGUCUGCUACACAGUCUGGCACAGUCCAGCAGAGAAUAGUCAUCAACACCUCUACGCCUCUUGCUGCUGGCACACAGAUCCUCCUUAACAAUGCACGCUUUGUGGUCCCACCCCAGGGUUUGGGUCCAGGCAGUCACGUCCUUAUCCUCUCAAGCCCUGCACCACAACAAGUGCCUACUGCCAGUGCUACCGGCACUGGAGAAUCAGUACCUCCCCAAGGGGCAAGCCAUGCCAUUGUAUCUCCUCGGGUACCAGUUUUACCCCAGUCCCCACUGGUACCCCAGUCCCCAGUCAGGCUGCCUGGGAUGCCAGCCGUAAGUUCUCCUUUUGCAUCAUGUACACUUGCUACUGGUUCAUCAUUGCUAGCAACCCCUCCUAAUGUCUUGCCAGUAAGACUGGCAGGAACACCUGGCCUAAGCUCAACAUUGCCAAGUAAAACAAAUGUAGUGUCAGCUCUUCCUAGGUUGCCAACUCCACAGGCUGGUAACUUUGCAUUACCUCCAUUAGGUACAUCCACUCUAGUGUCUUCUCCAAGGUUACCCAGUGUACCAGCUCUAGUUUCUCCACUUGUAACCAGUGCCCCUGGUCUUGGUUCAGCACUGGCUACAUUCAGCUUAGCUACCAGUACUCCAGCACAAGCUGUAUGUUCAUCUGCCGUUUCACCUGCAGUAGCACAUCCCUUACCCAGAUUAUCAGGGCCUCUAUCAUCCUUGCCUGUAUUACCCAGCCCAUCAGAUGUUGUCAUCCCUGGCCCUGUCGUAUCAGUUUCCUCACCUUUCUCCUCAGCUGCAGCUCCUGUUGUAGGAGAAAACACAACUUUGCACUGUCAACUUCCUGCCCCACAGAUGGUUGCAGUGGCAACUCUGAGCUCCGGCAUACAACCUAAACAGACAGCAGUUAGAAUUACAGCACCCUCAGCCUCACAACCCCAGGCUUUAGUGUAUGCUGGAUUAGGCAAUGCGUCUAUCAAAAAAACAGUAGCAGUCAUGCAGUCAGUGCCUGCUUGCACACGGACACAAGUGUUGCCAACAGUGGCAGUCCCACCAAUUGUUAGUCCAGUGUCUAGGAUGCAGACACUGCCCAUUGCCACGGUUCCACCAAUCGGAAGCACUGUCAACACCUUUGAAACCACACCUGUGGCAACGGCACCUCCACCCAGCCCCACCGUAUCAGUCAUGUCAGCUCAAUCAAUCACACCACUGAAGACAAACAACACCAUCCACCUACCUGUCUUACUGACCAAUCAAGCAAUUGGGAAACACACUCUUCAGACCUCCACCUUGGGUAUGCAUACCAAUAUGACAUCCAAGCUUCUCAUUAGUCCUGAUGGUGCUGUUUUGGGUACUGCUCCAUGUCAGGUCAAUCCAGCACAACUGACUGCCUUCCCCAAACCUCUGGAAGCACUGGUGAUUUCCUCCAAUAGUUCCACUGGAGCACUACAAACACAUGAUUCCUCUUUGCAGCAUUCACGGGCAGACACAAAGUGAACCAAUUAAAUGAGACGGUGUCAGCUAUGUCAGGGCUCAGACACCACUUUUUAGCUGCAUAGUUUUUGAAGGUUUUGUAUCUGUUACUUGUUGUAGUA